AUGGUGACAUCUAUUCAUGUUAGUUAUAUGAAUCCAACAGUUGAACUUAACGAAACUAGAAGGCUUCUGGAGAUUACACAAGUAGAAAAUCAACAGAAAUCACAGUUAAUCAUAGAUCUUAAUAAUCAAAUUUCACAAAUGCAACAGUCUAUAGAUGUGGAAUUCAAGGUUCGCUACUUAACAAAAUAUAUUGAUGUGAUUAUUGAAAUAGCAAAAAUGAAACAUAAAUUAUUAUUUGAAGAUAUAGAAUUAUUAAUUCAGAAUAAUUCUAGAUUUUCUAAUAAUCAUAAUACUAAUAUUUUAAGCAAGGAGAAAUUUUUUAAGACAGCAGUAACAAUUGAUUUGAUAUAUGGAGCAUGUCAUGGGAGAUAUGUUUCAGAAGUUCAUCUUGCUAUCUCAGCUAUUAACUCAGAUAGUUAUUCUCGAUUUCAAAAAUGGCUAGAAAACUUAUCAAAACAUGAAAAGCCAUUACCUGAGGAUCUUUUAUUUCUCACAUUUGAUAAUGAACAAUGA